ACACGAACCUACCCUCGCUCUCUUUUCUCGUCUGUAUUUAUUAUAAGCUGCAGUUCUAUUUUCCCCUCCUCUUAGCAUAUUUUACUGAAUGUGUUCGUUUUGGCCGCAGAAGCAGCAGAGGCAGGCACCACUGCAGCGGCAUGCACGCAUGCAUGCAUGCACGGAUUAAAGCCCCUCGCGCAUAUCUGCAGCUAGUCUGACAGGCCCCCCCACCUUCUAUCUCUCUCUCUCUCUCUCUCGCUCUCCCUGGCUGCUUGACAGGCGACUGCUGAGGGUGUUCUCGGCUCAGUGUUAGCCAGGGCGUUAGCCACACACACACACGGCCGCUGUGCUGCAUCUCGAUUCCGACGAAGCUCUGCAGUAACUGGGCUCUCUUCUUCUCUCGCCCCCAUCUCGUUCAGACUCCUUGGAGGUAGAGGAAUGCAAAUCUGCAACCAUGAUGGAAGGAUUGAAAAAACGCACCAGGAAGGCCUUUGGGAUACGCAAGAAAGAGAAAGACAAUGACUCAACGGGGUCCCCAGACAGAGAGGGGGGUUCUCAGAGGAAGACCAAUGGAACCCCCAAUGGAUUCACUGGAGAAAUUGACUGGGAAAGAUAUAAUUCUCCUGAGGUGGAUGAAGAGGGUUAUAGCAUCAGACCUGAAGAUGAGGCAGAGCAGGAAAAUUGCCCCAAAUCCCAUUUCUUCUCUUCUGACGAGUCGGAAGGAGAGGAAGAGCACAGGAAAAAGUUCAAAAUUAAGAUUAAGCCGCUCCCGGCCGAUCAAGUUGUUUCAGUGCCCUCGGUUGAAGAACUCAAAGCCUCCAUAGGCAACAUUGCGCUCUCCCCUUCGCCUCUGAGACGUAGCCCGGGAUUGAAAAGGAACCCCUCCAGUGAAGAGAUUGUCAGACCAAGACGUGUUGUUCCCACCGUGGCCGCCGCACCUGCUCUUGCAUCACAAGCUCCCAGUAGCAGCAGCCAGCCAACAUCAGCGUCCGAAGAAACUACAGAUUUAUUUGGGCCUCCUUUGGAAACCGCAUUCGGAGAACAGAAAAUAGAAGUGGUUCUGUCUGAGUCUGAUGUGUGGGGGGCUACUGUGUCAGAGCCCGAGUCUUCUUUGACAAGAGCUUUCCCCACAGGAACUCCACCCCCACUUCCACCCAAGAACGUCCCGACAUCGCCUCUGACAACUGACCCUGUCUCUACACAUGACACAGAAGCUGAGAAUUCAACAAGAAAGAAAUCCAUAGCUGACUUGGACAAUCUUUUUGGACCAGAGCAGGGUGCCCCCGUAAAUGAGAAUGCAGGUGACACUUGGGUGUGCUUCGCUGAGCAGUCUUCUGACGGGCCACAUCUACCUGCUGAGCCAGCACCUCCGCUUAAUCUUUCGCCCCCUCCUCCGGAGGAGGCAGCACCUCCAUUACCAGCUUCCCCCCCACCCCCUGAAUCUCCUGCCCCACCUUUACCUGCAUCGCCACCUCCAACACAAGACACAACAUCUCAUCCCCCUAAAGCUCCUUCUCCAAAAGAAGUUCAGAUGACCACUCUCCCAAGUUCAGAGGAGCCUUCUGUCCCAUCAGGGCCUUCGACAGCCGAAGACCGAAAUCCUCUCUCGCCGACCGCUUCGUCCCUCCCGUCACCCAAGGAGCUUGCGUCUCCUCCGACUUCAACUCCCGAUACACCAGCCGGCAUCCCGCCAGCUCCCAAAGCGAGCCCGCCCCCUUCAGCGACUUUGCCUGAAAAGGAAACGGCGGCAACACGCUCCCUUCCACCAAUCCAGACGAAGAAUACAGAUGACGAGGAUGAAGGUGAAAUUGCCACUUCCCCCAAAGAUGCAAGCCAGGGUAACCGUACUACACCUCCACCACCUCCUCCCCCAACGUACCGGACGGUGGUGUCGUCCCCAGGCCCGACAUCGGGUGCGCCCGCUACAAAAAGCGGUUCCUCCUCUCCGGUACGGCCUGCCACUCCUUCAAGCGUCAACCCGCCUCCUCCUCCACCCCGACCCCCUUCACGACCCAAACUUCCACCAGGAAAACCAAGUGUAGGAGAUACUAAUCGUCCAUUUAGUCCACCAGUUCAUGCAGCAGCCAGUCAGCCUCCAGUUGCUCCUCUGGCCCGGGCGGAGAGCACCUCUUCCAUCUCCUCCACCAACUCCCUGAGUGCUGCUACCACUCCCACAAUCAGUAAAGACCUCUCUGUGUCAGAGAAUGACCAGCCAUCCCUUGUAUGGUUUGACAGAGGGAAGUUUUAUUUAACCUUUGAAGGCUGCUCCAGAGGACCAAGUCCUCUCACCAUGGGGGCUCAGGACACGCUCCCUGUGGCUGCUGCAUUCACCGAGACGGUCAAUGCCUUCUUUAAAGGGGCCGACCCUGGCAAAUGUGUUGUGAAGAUCAUAGGUGAGAUGGUUUUGUCGUUUCCAGCGGGAAUCACAAGGCACUUUGCCAAUAACCCGUCCCCCGCUGUGUUAACCUUCAGCAUAAGCAACUACAAUCGACUGGAGCAUGUGUUGCCUAACCCCCAGCUGCUCUGCUGCGACACCGCCACGCAAGCCAAGGCUGAUGCCAAGGACUUCUGGGUGAACAUGCCCAACCUGAUAGCCCAUCUCAAGAAAGUAUCGGAACAGAAGCCACAGGCAACCUACUAUAACGUGGACAUGCUGAAGUAUCAGGUAUCGGUGCAGGGUCCCGUGUCCACACCUUUAAAUCUGGCCGUGAGCUGGCGCUGUGAAGCCACCAGCACAGACCUGAGGAUAGACUACAAAUAUAACGGCGAAGCCAUGUCGACGCCCAUGGCGCUUAACAACGUCCAGUUUCUAGUCCCGGUUGAUGGAGGCGUUUCCAAACUCCAGGCUGUCUUACCCCCAGCGGCAUGGAAUGCGGAACAGCACAGAAUCCUUUGGAAGAUUCCAGAUAUCUCGCAGAAAUCUGAAAAUGGAGGUGUUGGAUCUUUGUUAGCCCGCUUCCAGCUAACAGAAGGCCCAAGUCAACCAGCUCCACUGGCUGUGCAGUUCACGAGUGAGGGCAGCACACUGUCAGGCUGUGAUAUCGAACUGGCCGGGCCUGGCUAUCGCUUCUCGCUGGUCAAAAAGAGGUUCGCCGCUGGAAAAUACCUGGCGGACAACUAAGUCCAGAAGCGCACUGAUGAACACUAAAGUCCAGCAGAUAGAAGAAGAUGGCGACCCACAUUCUUCACACACCGGCCCGGGACAGCAGCCUACCCAGCAGUAUUGUAAAAACGUUCAUCGAGCUUGGUGGAACCAUUUGAGUUCAUUUAAUUAUGACGUUUGUAUUCAUGGUGGUAUGAUUUAUUGAUUGCAUGACAUCAGAAUCGCUGGUGUCGUGCUCCUGGACUCUUUCCUUCUUUUUGAAGUCUGUGUGGUGGUGAGUCUUCAUUGCAACUGCCUGACCAGCCAGGAUUUAGAAGGUGACGGAACCUUUUCGACCAAGCGGAAGACUCCGUUGGUUCAAAUCAAUGACGACAAUUAUCAUACCAAUAAUCUGUGAGUGCGAUUGGUUGAUAUCAUUUACAAUGCUGAUUUUUAAUUGUAACGAAUAUUUGAAUUUGACGAAUCUGAUUUUAUUCGGUCGGUCAUUCAUCUUCAACCCGCCACACGAGGCAACGUACGGGUUGCGGGUGAUCGACAGUGAGAGUCAUUGAUCAACAUACCGAUCGACCGCAGUUUUCCACAGGAAUCGACUUAUCGAUCGGAGCACCGCCAAUACAGUAUUCAUGACUCGUCUAGCGGUUCAAUAUUGAUGUAUUCAAAAGGGAUUGAACAGUCGGUCCAAUCGCUGUUCUGUUUCUUUCCGAUGCUACAAAUGUUUGAACUGGUAGGCAGCUGCAAUGACAAACCAAUCUGCUGGCGAUGACAAUUUAAAAAAUGAUUUUUUUUUUUUUCCCCCAAGAUCCCAGGUGUACAAAGUGUCAUUUAAGAUGAAUAAUAUAUAUACAUCUAUAUCUUAAAGGGCGUUUGGUGUUUAACUUGUAUGGUCACAUAGCCUUUGUGUUGUUCCCAGGACAACUCCAGAUGGAUGACAUGACAGCAUCUUAUUUUUGUCAUUCAUUUGUUGUCGAAAAUGUGCUUCUGGAUAUGAUUGGAUUUUGAAUGGUGUCACCUCAUUCGAUACCCUUCGAGGUAUAAAUAUUUCAACUCUUUCUAUUAUCUGUGUAGUCGAGUAAUGUGUACAGUAUGACGUAUAAUUUUUUAAUUGGUUUCAGAUAUAAUUUUUUAAUUCAAGUGCAACAAGUUUUGAGCUAUAUAUGGGUGGGGUCAGGGGUCAGGUCACUUCAAAUGAUAAAUAUCAUCCGGAAUGCUGUGUUUUUCUUUGUGAAAGCAGUGGCAAUGCACAUUUGCGUUCACGCUGGAGGUUUGGCGAGGAUGAUGGAUCCAUGGCAUCCGUUCUGUCUGUGCCAGCUGUCAAUCAAUAAUCCCGUUUAGAUGUUGUUAUGACAAUAUUUUUAAUUCAAGAUGAGGGAGACGCUUUACUGGUCAUAAAAGGGUAUCUGCCUGCUGACCUUUCAAUAAAUAAAUGAAUGAAUGAAUGAAUAAAGGGAAGUCCACUGGUCUACAUAAUUCCUCUUCCUGUAGCUCGACCCUUGUUAAUGCUACAAUCUCUCUCUAUGCUUUGCUUUUUUUUUUUUUUUAAACUUCAAAUGUGACUUUCCCUAGUCGCGUUUCAGGCAGCGGCCUGGUCGUCUUGCCCCGCCCGCUUGAAUCCAUAGCUUUAUUUGACACAAUUGUAAUGGUCUCUGUGAGAUGACGUAAUGAGGUUGCAGAUGGAGGUUAAGUUGACCAAAAUGCGGCGUGCGUGUGUGUGUGUGUGUGUGUGUGUGCGUGUCCUAUGAAUGAGAACAAGGGGAAUAUUUUGAAUGCAGAAUUAAAACAGAAAAAUAUUUUAUUGUGGGGGAGAACACUGUGCCGAUAAUGUCUAUCUUUCCGAAUGCUCUUCUGAACAUAAGUGUGUGUGUGUGGGGUGCUGCCCAAGCCCACCAUACUGUAUUGUAUGUUAAUAUUGUGCUAAAUACACUCAAACCUGGUCUUGUAAGAUGUGUUGUAGAAGCAUCGUAAACUGGGCAUAGAGCGGUAAAAGGUGUUAUCCUGACAUCAGUGUUCCCUAUGUUUUUUGUUUUGGUUUUAAUUGCCAGUGGGAACAAACAAAUAGAGAGUUAAGUUCCUGUCUGGUCUAGAUCUGGUGGUAAGUUGUCAUGUUUUUGGUAACUAUCAAAGCAAUCAGAGGAACUUUUCUGAAAUGAUGGCCCGUUGCUUUCUAAUGCAUACGAGUAGCCAGUCAUUUAGCACUCACCUCAAUCCUUUCGUACAAAAGUGUUUCCACACUGAAAAAAACAGUGGAUGAACUUGACAAAAAUAUGCAUUAUGUCAUAACCAAUAUUUAAGCUUUGACAAUUAAUUUAGUGCUACCUGAAUUUUUUUUACUUUACUUUUUUUUUUUUAGGGUGACGCAAACUAAUUAUUAUUUAACCGGUCUGAAAUUCAAUUAGUCCUUUCAAUUUAUUUUCAUUUGAACCAUUCUUGGAACACCUUUUUUUUUGCGCUAAGUGAAUUAAUGACAUCAGUCAACGCUAAAAUAUUAACUGUGACGGAUGAGUCAAUCUUCUGAAGUUGAUGGAUUUUUUGGGGGUGCAUCUGUUGUGAAUGUGUCUGCAGUAAGUCAUCAUUGCUUGUAGAGCAUGCAGAGAAAGCAGGUGCGGAAUUUCAAAUGAUGUUUUGUGCUGUGUACUCACCUGUAUUACUGUCAACAAGAUCCAGUUUUUUGCUGUGUUGUGAGUAAGAAUGCUUUAACAUCAAACCACGUGCAAAGUCAACACUAAAAUGAAAAUUAGUUUGCUUCCUUCCAAAAUCAAUAAAAGUUCUAACUUCA